AUUAACCCCCGAGGUUAACGAUUUGCGCAUGCGCGUGUUUGGGCAUUUAAUUCAAAACUGUUAAAGACCAGCAACCGAGCACCUAGCUGUAGUUUGUUUGCAUUACAGUGCUUUUAUUUUGAAAAUACUACAGCCAUGAGUGAAACUGAAAAUGUUGUACCAAGGGAUGUGCAAGGUCAGCUAAACAAAAUGAAAGAUACGUCAAAAAUGAAUGUGGACGCUAAGACUGUGCGCACUCCUUUUAAGGACAUUGGAAAUAAAUCUUCAAGUCAGAAUAAGAGUCCCCUUAAGGGAAAGCUUGCCACUCCAUCCAAAUUUGAUGCCAUCCAAUCACUAGACGAUGAUGAAAAUUGGCGGGAUCGUACCGAAGUUGUCACAAAACUAGAGCACACAACAUACAAGAUGAUUGCAAGAGAAAUAGUUGAAGAAGUUAUUGAGAAAUUACCAGGAAUGAGUGAAUCCCAUCAGACUGUUCCUGAAUUGAAGAUAGCCAAGAUGACAUUCAGAGAACAACCCUCUAGUAACAUGGAUGACUCUGUGUUAGAUCUUGAUAAUACCAUAAGUCUACCUCAGCUGGAUGAGACUAUUUCUUUACCUCGAGCGGAAUCUAGACUAAACAUUCCUGUUGCCAAUUCUACCCUACUAAAUACUACAAGUACAAGUCCAGGGGCGCCAGACCAGUCUGAUACAGUUUUUGAAAACUCGCUUUUGAGUAGCUUUGAAAAAAUGCAAAUUAAGGGCGUCAAGGGGGCUGUAGUGGAUGAUGAUGAUGAUGACAUUUUCCAUGAUGCUAGUGACGAUAUUGACAGCUUCUCAGCCUCUCCAGUAAAAGACCAAAGUAUCUCCGCAAAGCAGCCUGUGGAACAGUUGAAUGACCCUUUAGAUAUGCUUAUGAGUUGUAUGGAGAAAAUUACAGUCCAUGAUGAAGACCAGAGAAAUUUGGCUGGAAAGGAUGAUUGUGUUGACAGUGUUGAGCGAGCACCAUUGGUUUUAAAUAAUACAAAAGGGAUGCCUUGUAAUUUUGAAGUGUUACAGGUAGGUGAAUCAGAUGUUAGGAGUUUGCCAGUUGUGGGUGCUGAAAAUGAAGUAAAUAGAGAAAAGAUAAACUUCAAUGAUCCUGAUUUCAAUCCUUUCCUUACUGGAACAAGUAUGGGCCGCCCUGCAGAAUCUGAGAAAAGCCCUAAUGUUUCUCUGUUAGGAGUAAAGCCAAAGGUAGAUAAAAAGAAUCUCCCUAGAAAGUCAGAAUUAGGGGCAACAGAGAAUAAUGUGAUUGAAGGGAAUCAAGAGUUGAGGGAAAUGGCAAAUGAAAUUAACAGCAAUCAUUUUGACACCCCUUCAUCCCAAAGUAUUGCUCCCAAAACUGAAACCCUACCAGUUAAAGGAAAUACAAGUGCAGUUAACCUAACAUCUGAACAUAAGCCAGAAAGUGAAGAGUUUCAGCAUAGCAGUUACAACUUGGAAACAGCACAAGACCACAAAUUUGAAUGUUCUAUCUCUCAAAAUACUGACAUUAACUUCCCCAGUCAUGUAGUUCAGGGAGAUGAGGAUACCUCUCAGGUGAUGAUGCCAAAGCCUGACUCUGAGGAAGCUGCUAUUGCCCCUCCCAAAGUUAGUUAUGAUUUAGAUAGAAUCUUAAAAUGCUGUGAUGAUCCGACGUUUAAUCCAUUUGCAUCAAAGAGUUUUGUUGUCAAUUCUCCAGAUCUCCAGGCUGAUUUGCAGGACAAGAACUUGACAGAAAGCUCAAAUAAUUUUGAUUAUUCAGUAAAUGGUCUGCAACCAAUAACAGGUAACAUCCCUUCAGAAAAAAAAUAUAGCUUAGAAGCAGCCUUAGACUGCAUGAAGAAUCCAGACUUUGAUCCUUUUCUCUCAAAAAGUCUUAUAAUUAACUCUCCAGACUUGAUUGAUUCAGAUGAUGCUUCCACGGUCCAUAAUGGUAAUAGUUUGAACAAAAACGAAUUAGAGUGUGACUCUAAGGCAAGUGUUUGUGAAACAGAUAAUUUGGAAGAGAAGAAUAUGCCUGAUGAUUUAGUUUCAACAGAGGCUUCAACAGAAUCCAGUUGUUUAAUUGCCAACACUGCAUCACUUUCAGAUGAAUUCAGCAUGAAAAACUUUGAUAAGUCGGCUAAACCUGUUUCACAGGAUAAUCCAGUAGUGGUUUCCCCAAAACGAAAGUAUGAUGAGGCUUUUGUAGGUGAAAUGGAAGACUGUGAUGAAGAGCUGCUGGUAACCAAAGAAGAUACUGGGCCCUCUGAGGAAGUCAAUAAUGGGAACAUGGAUGCCAAAACUUCAGGACAGGAGACUGAAGAGCCAGGUUCAAAGAUGCUACAAGUUGAAGAGAUUACCCCUCCUAAAAAGGGGUACAAUUUGGACUCUAUUGAUAACAUUGAUGAUCGUAACUUUAAUCCUUUUGCAACAAAAACAUCUGUUGUAAACACUCCCAGUAAGAAUUCUGAAUUCCUUUCAGGUGAUACAUCAAAGAAAGGAGAUCCUGACAGUGCUGAUAAGCUAGAACAAAAGGCUAAGUCCUCUUGCAAGAAAGGAGUUUCAGAAUCUAAUAUAAGCAAGAAUGAAAUAACCAACGAUACUAUACAAGCUUCAGAAGCAAAUUUCAAUUCUUUAACAUGCAAACCUUUCAAUAAUGAAAACAAUGCAAACCCAUCAGAUUCCAACAAGGAUCAGGACAAAGAAAAAGAUACUCCUAUUCCAAAGACAGUUUAUCAGUUAGAUUUUCUUGACAACGUGGAUGAUCCAAGUUUUAAUCCUUUUGCUACAAAAUCAUCUGUUAUGAAUUCUCCUGGUAAUGGAAGCUUCAGCUUAAAAUCUGUUGUUGAGGUGAAUGAAGGGAAGAAAAUCAAAGGAGAAGCUACUGCUACUGCUGAAGAAAAACAGUGUACACAAGCAACUAAAGAAACAGAAUCUUCACAAAUAUUUGAAGAGAAAGAGUCUACUCAAAUACCUGAAGAGAAAAUAUCUGAAGUGUGUGAAGCUUCACAAACAUCUGAAGAUAAAACAUCUUCACAACCAACAAAAGCUGGUGAAAAAUCGGGUGUAAGUAAACCUAAAGUUAUCAAAAAAGCUAUGAAACCUACCCUAAAGAAGAGAGCACCAGUUGUUAAAUCUAAAGUAGAGGAAAGUGAAUUGAAUUCAAAUGAAAGAGAAGAAGAAAUCUCACUUCCUAAAAAGUCAUAUCAGUUGGACUUUUUAGACAACCUGGAUGACCCAAGCUUUAAUCCUUUUACCUCAAAAACUUCUGUUGCAAAUAGUCCAGCAAAGAUUACUGCUCAGGGGCAGGAAGCAGUAGAUUCUGAAGUUUCAUGCAAGCAUGAAACAAAAAAUAAGGUUGAAAAUUUGCAAGAACCUUCUAGUAGUGUACAGCAGUCCAAACAAAGUAAAGUUGACAUGAAAGAUGUUGACAUUUCAGUGCCAGGAAACGACUGUAAAUUUGACAGUAUAUCAGACCCGAGUCACAGUCGAGUUUCAAGUGAUGCUUCAGCGGCAGAUACUUCCAAAAAGGUUAGUUUUGCUGCUUCAGAUAGAGAGACUGCAUUAAUAUGUCCUAAGGAGUCAAAGGAAGGCAAUAGAGUCAAGGAUGAGGAAAUGUCUAAUGAUGUAACUGUAAAGAGUACUGUCAGUGAACCUGCAGAACUGGAACCUCCAGAGAGCCGUUCUUGCCAGUCGUCAUCAAAACCAGUUUCCUCAGUGAGUGACAGUAUGUUUGAGUCAAUCACCAAAGAGGCCAUGAGACUGGUUGCUGAAGUUACACCAAAGAAACAAUUGAAAGACAAGAAAAUUGUACAGGCAUCUGUACAGGCUCGCCAGAGGGAUGUAUUCAGCCCACAGCUUGCUCAGAGUGGAGUCAGUGAGGACCCUGGUGUUUAUAAUUUUGAGGAGUUUAUCAAUGCUACUGACUUUUCUGAUGAGAAACAGGAACCUAUUGAGGAAGAGCUCUUUAAUUCAGCCUUUGCUGAUCCACUCUUCAGCAAUCCAGGAGAUUUGGAUGCACUGAGUGAACAUGGCAAAGAUGGAGACAAAUUGAACCUUGUUAGGAACUCGCUGUAUAUGAAGUUUGACCCACUGGUGUCAGGUCGGCAGUCAUUAGCUCCAUAUCUUGUUCAGCAGAAAUUAAUGCAAAAGGAAGAACCAGACCCCAGAAGAAGCAGUGCUCUUAUGUGUUUCAGUCCCUCCCCAGAUAAGACUCAGAGAGGAGGGGAGGCCAAAGGAACAGGAACUCCUGUGAGACCUCUGUUGAAAACUCGAGCUGAUGAAACAUUGGUUAUGGAUGCUACUGCUAACAUGACUCUAAAUGAUGCCACAGUAUGUGAGGGUCACAAUUCCACUGUUGUUGCUGGAAGUUCGUCAACUGCAUUUAACACAACAAUUAUCAGUCAAGGUGGAAAUUUUCAUGAUGACACAAUAUUCCAAGAACCGGCUGUUCCAGGGGAGAAGAUGAUACCUGAGCGAGAGAUGUUGAAGAAGAUUAAGGAUAUUGAACAAACAGCGCAUCUUGUGAUGCAGGAUAAGCUGCUGAGGCAGAGUCGGGUCCUGGAAGAAGUUAACAGAAAAAUGAAAAAGCAAAUGGAAGAAAGUGAAAUUGCUCUUGCAGAAUUAGAGCAAGAGAACAGCCACCUGAGAUCUGCAAUACAGCACCUUCAGAGUAUGCUUAAGAAUGUUGUUGAACAAGGAGAGAAAAAAAUUAAAGAAGCUGAAAGAGAACAUUUGCUGAUGGAGAACAAAUAUGAUUUGGAGUGCAAAGCACUCAAGGAAGAGGUUCGGCAGCAUCAAGAAGAACUGAAGAAAGUGGAAAGUCAAUUCAGUGAUUUGAUUAAAAAGUACAUGCGAACGCAAGAACUUACCGAAACUAUGAGAAAAAAUGAAGAGGUUCUGAAGACAGAAAAAGAAGCUUUACGAGCUGAAUUAGUUAAGAAGAAGGAAAGUUUUGCAAUCAUUUUGAAGACAUUGGAGGAAAAGUUUAAUGAGGCUCAGCAAGAGUUUCUGAAAGAGAGAGAAAAGCAUGAACAUGAAAAUGCAAAACUAAUUGUGCUGGGAAAGAAAGCUGAGGUGAAGAUUCUUUCUUUGACUGAAACUGUUGAAAAGAAAACAAAAGAAAUACAACGACUGACGGCUCUCAUUGAUGAUAUAACCAGCAAAUUUGGUUGAGAAGUAAAGAAUACUCAGAGCCUUUUGUUUAUAAGUUUAUAUUCCAGAUGAUUUUAUUUAUUGCUUCCAUUUCAGUUUGCUGAGGUUUGCUCCUUGGUUGAUGGAAAUGUUCUUCUAAUCUAGUGGCAUUGAGUCCAUUGUGGAAACUGAAAUAUUUUAAUAUGGGAUAUAACUGUUCUUGUCAUUUGGGAGCUAUACAUAUAAUUAAUGCUGUGAUUAUAUUUAAACUGAUUUUAUUCCUAAAACUAAGGUAUCCCCAUAACCUUAAAAUACUAGGAUAUCUAAAGCAUUUGUUUUAUUUUUGAUAAUGUAGGCAUAUGUAGUAAGGAUUUAUUAGGAAAAUACAUAAAGGAAAGAGAAAGAGAACUUUAUAUAAUGCAAAAAAAUAAAACAAAAUAA